AUGGCUGCAAUCCGAAAGAAGCUGGUGAUUGUGGGGGAUGGUGCCUGUGGGAAGACCUGCCUCCUCAUCGUCUUCAGCAAGGAUCAGUUCCCAGAGGUCUACGUGCCUACCGUCUUUGAAAAUUACAUUGCAGACAUUGAGGUGGAUGGCAAGCAGGUGGAGCUGGCUCUGUGGGACACAGCUGGGCAGGAAGACUAUGAUCGCCUUCGGCCUCUCUCCUACCCAGAUACUGAUGUCAUCCUCAUGUGCUUCUCCAUUGACAGCCCCGACAGCCUGGAAAACAUUCCUGAGAAGUGGACCCCAGAGGUGAAGCACUUCUGUCCCAACGUGCCCAUCAUCCUAGUGGGGAAUAAGAAGGACCUGAGGCAAGAUGAGCAUACCAGGAGAGAGCUGGCCAAGAUGAAACAGGAACCCGUUCGGUCUGAAGAAGGCCGGGAUAUGGCGAACCGGAUCAGUGCCUUUGGCUACCUCGAGUGCUCAGCCAAGACUAAGGAGGGUGUGCGGGAGGUAUUCGAGAUGGCCACUCGUGCAGGCCUCCAGGUCCGCAAGAAUAAGCGUCGGAAGGGCUGCCCCAUUCUUUGAGACCCUCAGAGCCUCCCUACCUACCCCCUCCCCUCACAAGAAUGUAGAAACUACCCCCCAACCCAGCCCUACCCUCCUAGGACUCCAUGCUGAAGGUGCCCUUUUUUCAGUUUCCUCCAGCCCAGGACUGCAUUGAGCUUCCCCAGCCCCAGCGGUGUGGUGGUAGGCCCACCUUCCAGUCCUUUGGGAACCUAGGCCUGUGCCCUGCCCUUCCAGAGUCCCCUCUACCUUGGUUGGGGUGGGGCUCCUGUUGCCUUUGGCCUUCCCCAGAGGAUCUGUCACACACCAGCACUUUAUACACUUCUGGCUCACACGAGAGUGUCUCGGGUAGGGGACUCAGAAGAGGUAACCAGAGUCCCUGGCCCCUGAUUUUCUUGCUUCGGGCAGGGGCCUUGCCUCUGACUGUAUACUUUGUGGGGGGCGUGAAUAAAGGACACAGGCUCCAA